CCAGAUUAUCGCUGCCCUGUUAUUCUAAUCCCCUCUCUGCUCCAUGGAGUCCUCUCAAACUGCCUCCUCCGCUCUGGAACGACUCGCCUUCAACAACACGGUGCUGAAACGACUCCCGGUCGAUGUCUCCGCCGGGCCCGGCUCCAGGACUGUCCCGGCAGCGUGCUUCUCCCGUGUCGGCUCCCUUCACCCGCUGCUCCGGCCCAGACUCGUGGCGCUGUCCCAGCCCGCUCUCUCUCUAUUGGGCCUGACUGUGCAAGCCGUGCAGGACGACCCUCUGGCCCCGGAGUAUCUGAGCGGCUCCAGAGCUCUGCCCGGUUCCGAGCCGGCUGCGCACUGCUACUGCGGGCAUCAGUUCGGGCUGUUCGCGGGUCAGCUGGGUGAUGGAGCGGUCAUGUACCUGGGGGAGGUGGAGUCUGAAACCCAAGGACGUUGGGAGAUACAGGUGAAAGGUGCUGGAGUCACACCUUACUCCAGAGACGGUGACGGCAGGAAGGUGCUUCGCUCCAGCAUCAGAGAGUUCCUAUGCAGCGAAGCCAUGUUUGCCCUGGGGAUCUCCACCACCCGAGCAGCCUCCCUCGUCACCUCUGACCUCCUCGUCGGCAGAGAUCCUCUCAACAACGGUGAACGGAUUCCGGAGCGUUGCUCAGUUGUCAUGCGUCUCGCCCCUUCUUUCAUCAGAUUUGGCUCCUUUGAGAUCUUCCUGGGCCAGGAUGAGUUCUCCGGCCUGCAGGGUCCCAGUGCGGGGCGCCACGACAUCCGUGCCCGGCUGCUGGAUUAUGUGAUUGAGAGCUUCUAUCCACGCAUUCAGCAGGCUCACAGCAACAGGAAGGAAAGAAAUCUCUCUUUUUUCAGAGAGGUGAUGAUGCGGACUGCGAAGCUGGUGGCCCAGUGGCAGUGUGUUGGGUUUUGCCAUGGUGUCCUCAACACAGACAACAUGAGCAUCCUGGGUCUGACUCUGGACUACGGGCCCUUUGGUUUCAUGGACAGAUUUGAUCCAGAUUUUGUCUGCAAUGCUUCAGACAAAAGGGGGCGCUAUUCGUACCAGGCGCAGCCCUCCGUGUGCCGCUGGAACCUGGCUCGUCUGGCCGAGGCGCUGGGCUCUGAGCUGAAGGCAGCGGACGCGGGAGCGGUGCUGGAUGACUUCAUGCCCACUUACGAGGCUUUCUACCUGCGUGGCAUGAGAAAAAAGUUGGGACUCGUGAGAAAAGAAGAGGCAGAGGACAGAGACCUCGUGUCAGGCCUAUUGCGGGUCAUGCACAACACGGGGGCUGAUUUCACCAACACUUUUCGCCUUCUCAGCCGGGUACCUUGGCCUGAGGGAGAAGAGGACGAGAAGGCCACAGUGGGGCCAGUGGUGGACCUCAUUCUAAAGCAGUGUGCCUCCAUUGAGGAGUUAAAGCAUUUUGGAAAACAGUCUCACCAAGAUAACGUUGAACUAGCAAUGAUUCUGUCCAUGGCGCAGACCAACCCGGUCAUGUUCGGAAUGGUAGCAGACAGGCCAGACGUGGCCCGGCAGCUGGAACUCAUGGGCCGGCUGAAAGAGCUCCUGGAGACGGAUCAAGACGAGCUGAAAGAAAAACAGCGCGACGAAUGGAUCCGCUGGGUUUGCAGAUACAGGAGGCGCUUAGCGCGGGAGUUUGAUGGCGCAAGUGACUUGCACCUUGUUGAAAAGGAGAGGCUGAGAGAGAUGAACAGCAGCAAUCCCCGUGUGGUUCUUCGCAACUAUAUUGCACAGGAUGCUAUUCAAGCAGCAGAAAAAGGAGACUUCUCUGAGGUCAACAGAAUUCUCAAAGUUCUGGAGGAACCGUACACAGACCCUGAGCCUUUGCGCCAGCAGGAUGGAACGUGUGGCGAAAAGGAGAAGCUGUAUGCUGAUGGCUACGAUGCCAUGCCUCCUGCUUGGGCUCAAAAAAUCUGCAUCACUUGAUCCACGUAGGGCCUCCCUAUGCUGCUGCUGAGAGAGACGUCUGUUUUCACUGCAGCAAACAGAUUAUUUGUCAUAUGUUUCUGUUACAUCUUAAACAUGACAUAGACAGGAGAGAAACGUUUACAUCAGUCACCCAGUUACUUUCUCUCAGACUCUCUCUUCUGUUGCGUAAAGGGAGGAUGUUAUGUUCUGGUGUGUUCCGCCAUUCAUUUUUGCACAGAAUUAAAUUUGGUCACAUUGCAAGGUAGUUUUAUAUGUAAAAAAAAACAUAUUUAUAUUAAAGUUUAUAUCAGAAAAAAAAUCUUCAAAACUACUGGCACCCCUGUAUUCAUGUGUAAAAAGUCUUUAAACAAAGUCAUAUUUAAUUUCAGAAGCCUGAUAUUACACCAACAAACUGAGAAAAACUAUUAUUUUAAUCAGUUUGGCAAUACUUCAAAAAGAAACCAUAAAAUCUGAAAAAAAGACAAUAAAAUCCACCAGAUUGAGUUUUUCAUCAAAUGUUCAUCAUAGAAAACUACAGCUAAAAAGUCUAGUGGACAAAUACUAGAUCUAUAGAAACCAGGUCAGGCUUCCAUACCAAAACUUUAUUAUUUAAUAAAUUAUGUCCUUAGUCAAAAUACCAGAAACUUGCCUAAUGUCAUAUAGACUUUCAGAGAAAAGGCAAACAUUACACAAUGGUUUUGGAAGAAAAUGAUUUAUGUGGAAAAAAAAACCUUGUAUGGUGGAGGAACUAUGAUGCUGUGGGCCUGCUUGGCCACCAAGCAUUUUGGAAACCCUGUUGGGGUGGAUAACUCCUUUAAUACCAGGAGUAUUUCAGCAAUGGUACUAACAAAGAAAUUGUUCAUAUGCCAUACAAUCACCAUAUCAUAAAAAAUACAUAACUUCUACACCAAGGAUGCCAGUAGGUACGUGGAGCAUUGUCAAUUUAGCAUUAUACUUCAAAUACUGUUUUUUUAUAGACUGAAUGGAAUCAGGUGGACUUGCACUGCAUCAAAGCUCAUACUGACAAACGCACAACUUCAUAAUGAUUCUAAUACGGAUGAAGAAUGACGGCUCAGAUGACCAGUCACAUCGUGACCUGUCUGAGCCUGAAGUUACAGGAACACACCAGAAACGUACACCUACACAAAAACCAUCACUGGACUGAGUUUUAGCCUGUAAAUUGCUAACUUGUGUCACAUGACAUGACUGGAGCGGUCUUCAAUAAAAGCAGCUGUAGUGGCUGGUCUGUCUGAACUGGA